AACGAGGAAGUGUCGGUUGUUGUUGUGAGUGUGGGCGCAGUGGAAAUGUACGGAUAGAUAAUGUUUUAGUUUUUUUAAAAGUAGCAAGCAUAUUGUCACCGUCGGCUGAUGCCUUUCGGAAGUCACAUUAAUUUUUUGCUGAAAAUGAGUUCAGUGACACUGAGUCAAACCGUCUCUGACUGAGUAACUAAGCAUAGUUAGUGAAGAAGUGUUGGUGUCGAUGGAAAUGGAUUACAAGGCAACUCUGCAAUCAAUGUAGGCUAGGCUACAGCAUACACACUAUAGGUCAAGGAGGAGCAAGCAAUCCAAAGAGACUGUUUACGAACUUGUGACAGAAUUUAGUAACCCAAAAUGUCCCAAAACAACAUCCCUGGGAUGGAGUCCUCUGCCAUCUCUGUCUUGAAAAGAGCCGUGGAGUUGGACCAGAGUUCACGUUUCCAGGAGUCUCUGGUGUGCUACCAGGAGGGAAUUCAACUGCUCAUUGGUGUGCUGAAAGCGGUGAAAGAUGAUUCCAAGAAAGGACAUUACAGAGAGAAAAUCAAAGGUUAUAUGGACAGAGCGGAGCAAAUCAAAGAACAUAUUAGCAAAUCAAAAGAGGAGGGGAAAUACCAUGAACAGAUCAAGAUUGGGGACAGUGACACUGGUUUCAGUUAUGAAGUCCUGUUUAAGCCAUACAUCACUGAGAGUCUUAAAGAGGUGUGGGUGGAGGACCCCUAUAUUCGCCAUAUUCAUCAGCUUUACAACUUCCUGCGUUUCUGUGAAAUGCUGUUAAAAGCUUCCUGCAAAGUCGAGAAAAUCCACCUCCUGACCUCUCAAGAUGACGGAGACGGUUCAGCUCAACAGGUCAGUGCCCUCAGUGAAAUUAAGGAGUCUCUUCAGAGCCGAAAUGUCGACCUUGACAUCCAGUAUUCCUCCACUAUCCAUGACCGAGAGAUCAGAUUUGACAAUGGAUGGAUCAUAAAGAUUGGGAGGGGACUUGACUACUUUAAGAAGCCCAAGGGUCGAUUCUCAGUUGGAUAUUGUGAUUAUGACCUGAGAGAAUGCCAUGAGACAACUGUGGAUGUUUUCCACUCAAAGCACACUAAGACAACCUAGUGGCAGAUAAUUUUCCGGCUGUUGUUUUUAAAAACCUAGCAGAGAUAUGAUAAGUGCCUAGGCCUACUUGGAAAGGUAAAUAAUGAACUCAUGUCAUGAUUGCUCUCCACAAUAACUAAUGACCACAUGUCACUAGUGAUGUCCAAUUCCUUGGCCAAUGUUCCCAAUUUUGCUACUGAAACAGGUGGACCAUAUAAUAAUACAUAUUGUCUUAACACUCAUGAACCAAGUAAUAUGUAAUGAUAGCGUUCUGAUAAUGCCAGUUAUUUUUUUUAUAUGUGGGCUACAUAUGUGUGUCAUAUCUGGGGAUUAAGGUUUUUUAAAAUAAACUAUUUAAUGUUUUAAUAAUAAAAUAUUCAUGUAACUCUC